UCCCCACAACUCACAUGGCCACAUCCUUACAACUUUCAUCACCUUCCUCCUCUCUCUGAAUCAACCAAAGCAUUCACCACCUCUCUCUCUCUCUCUCUCUCUCUCUCUCUCUCCAAUCACCAAAACAGUCAGAACCCAUGAAAGCCCAGCAUCCCAAGAUCAAAACCCAGCUCUUCUCCUGCGGGUUCUUCCGCCAUUGCACCCGGACCGUCCUCAGCCCCACAACCCCUCACCCUCCACCUCUCCCCUUCUCAUCCACCGACUCAUUACCACCUUCACUGUCAUUAGAUUCAUCACCUCCCGCUCCAACACAACCCGACCCGCCAACCCACCAUCCCUCCAAGCCUGAAUCCGAGUCCUCUUCCUCCUCAACUUCCCAAAGCUUCACCCAGUGGAAAUUCGCUCUCCCUGAUUCGCCCAUCCUCCCAUACCCACAACCCGAACCUGACCCGAAACCCGAACCCAAAUCAAAACCACCACCACCACCACCCAUCUCUUCCACCAACCUCCAAGAACUCUUCCACGCAGCAGAGCUCCAGCUCAGCGUCGGGUCACACCCCGAGCAGCUGGCGGCUCUCCAACUCUUAGAACGCUCCCUCGUCCCCUACCCACCACCUGACCCGGUUUGCCCACCCGAAUUGAUGCGCGGGUUGGUGCGAAAUUUGAAAAACAAAGCGGGGGCUAAAGCGGCAACGAAAAUUCUGUUAGCCCUCUGCCUGGCGGAGGGCAACCGCCACGUGGGAGUGGAGGGGGGGCGUGCGGGGGCUAUGGCGCCGGCACCGGCGGAGGAUGUGGCGCGUGCGGUGGAGCUGGCGUUGAAAGGGGAUUGUAGUGGCAGGGGGAGGAGGAAAGGAGCCCAGCUAUUGAAGGCGCUUCAAGAACCCCUUCAAGAGAGGGAGAAUUUAGACCCAAAAUAG